AUGAGCUGCUUGUAUGGCAUUGUCUACCUGCUGUUCGAAGCCGAACAACGCUGUUGGUCCCUCGGACUUUCCCAGCCCCCAUUUGUUUCCUUCUCCGUAGGUCAGUUGAUAAGUGCCGGACUCAUAGCUUGGAGUACCGCUACACACUUCACCCGCGCAUAA